AUGGUGACCACCAAGAUUGCCCUGGCGUUGCUUGGCAGCGUCGCGAUGACCUCGGCUCUACACCUGCCGCCGACGCAUGCGCGCGGUGGCGACCUCUUCAAGGACUUUAGCGCCGUCGUGUCGCUGGCGCCGGCGCCGGAGGCGCAGUGGUUCCAGCAAACGCUCGACCACUUUUCGCCCAAGCCACCACUUCACUUUCUCCAGCGCUACUACGUGGACGACACGUACUGGGGCGGGCAGGACAAUAGCCCGAUCAUCAUGUACAUUGGUGGCGAAGGCGCAAUGGACAAGAUGCCGACGGGCUACAUUGACGUGAUUGCCAACGAGCACCGAGCCAAGAUCGUCGCCCUCGAGCAUCGUUUUUACGGGAAGAGCGUCCCCAAGGACGACCUCUCGACCGAGAACCUCAAGUUCUUGACCGUCGAGCAAGCACUGGCCGACUUGAAGGUGUUUAUCGAAGCGUACCAAUUGACGCUCCCGAGAAAGUCCAACCCGUGGAUCGCGGUCGGUGGGUCGUACCCCGGUGCACUCGCGGCGUGGUUUCGCAUUGCGUAUCCGAACACGACGGUCGCCGCCUUGUCCUCGUCCGGAGUCGUCAACCCCGUCUACAACUUCCACGCCGAGCAGGUUCGAGUAGCGCUCUCGGCGGGCCAAGAGUGCGCCGAUGCCCUUCGCCGCAUCACAAACGCGUACGAAUCCGAGAUCCAAGCUGGCCGCAGUGACGAGGUCAAAGGCCUUCUCGGCGCGCAAGCGCUCGCGGACCCUGAUUUCUUCUACAUGCUCGCCGACGCGGCUGCCAUGGCCGUGCAGUACGGCAAGAAGGACCAGCUCUGCGGACCCAUGGUCGCGGCCGUGCAAGCCAACGCGUCGCUCCCCGAGGCGUUUGCCAACUUUACCAUUGCCAUGUACGGCCCUGCCUUUGGCGCGGGCUGCUUCUACGACACGGCGUGCCUCAAGAACGAUCCGUCGCGCUGGGCCGACGUGCGGUCGUGGCGCUGGCAAAAGUGCUACCAGCUCGCCUACUUUCAGGUGGCGCCGCACCACGACAGCCUUCGGUCGUCGAUCGUGGACCUCGACUACCACGAGAAGCAGUGCUACGACAUCUUUGGCGACGUCGUCGAUCCGUCGGCCGGCGUCGCCGCCACCAUCCAGCGCUACGGCGGGGACAAGCCCCGCGGCCACAACAUCUUUUACGCCAACGGCGGCGACGAUCCGUGGCAGCGUGCGUCGGUGCUGACGUCGCUCGGCGAGGACCAGCCAGCGUUCUUGGCCGUGUGCGACCUCUGUGGCCACUGCGGCGACCUCGGCAACACGGCGCUCGAUCCCGCGCCGCGUCGCCGUCAAAAAGCCAACAUUUUGUACUUUCUCAACAAGUGGCUGCAAGAGGCGCAAGGCAGCGCGGUGACGACGACGCUUUCGGAGGUCGCAGCGACCUCGAGCGUCGCGCGCGUCUCGUUCUUGGUGCUGCUGCCCAUCGGGUGCCUCUUCUUGGCCUUCAAGGCGCUCUUGCAUGUCGAUAUCGUGCGCGAGGCGUCGUCCGUACGCACGAGCUUGCUCUAA